AACAAAGGCUGGAGCGUGCGCUAGCUGGCAGUCAUCCCUGAGCGAGGCUCACGGUGCGAUCCUCACGAUGGUGGGCGCUAAUACACCGAGCCGGGAAGCCUGGGUAAGAGCCUCGGCACACCUGAGGCACUCACGGCGAGAAAUUGCACAAUAACUUUGUAGAGCACAUGGAAGCCCUGUCCAAGGUAUUCUCAGCCUCGGUGGAUUGAAGGAUGGGGCUGGUAAUCCAGGUUUUUAUCCUCCGGUUAGCGAUUCUGGGGAGGCCUCAGUGCGGCCUUUCUGUACUUAAGGGGUCCUGUAAAAAGGAUGGAGAGGGACUCUCACUCGGGUAGAUAAUGAUAGGGCAAGGGGGAAUGGUCUUAAACUGAAAGAGGGGAGCUUUAGAUUAGAUGUUAGGAGGAAAUUCUUCUCUCAGAGGGCGGUGAGGCCCUGGCACAGGCUGCCCAGAGAAGCUGUGGAUGCCCCAUCCCUGGAGGUGCUCAAGGCCAGGCUGGAUGGGGCUUUGGGCAGUCUGGGCUGGUGGGAGGUGUCCCUGCACAUGGCAGGGGCGUGGGACUGGGUGGGCUUUAAGGUCCCUCCCGAUCCAAACCAUGCUGUGAUUGCUGUUCUCUAGUUCUCAUUCCUGGUCAGUAGUGUCAGGUUCGAAUAUAAUACAUGUACCCCUAAUAGCCCUGUCAGGCUCCAUAGCGUUAUCUCUUGCAGUGGUGAUGGAUUAAUAGGUGUGGACGGAUGAAUAAGGGAGGCUUCCGUCAACUCCCAAAAUAAAUUCAGGUCUUACUCAUUUUGCAGGCUAAUGAUGAUAAAUUAAAUUUGGUUUGGCUUUGGAAGAUUAGAGUGCUGGCCCAGGGUGAGCCCUUUCCAGCGGCCACAUCCAGACCAGAAGUAAUUGCGAAGGGCUCUCACAAUGCUGGCACGCUUCCAUCGGGAGUAGCAGCUUUUGGUGGUGGUGUAACGCCACACAGGAAAUAUAAUGCUGUAUUUCAGAUCUGUUUAGUUUUUUGUACAGUCCGCUAUGUCUUCCUUCCAUUAUUAAGCAUCUAAUUAUCAAUAAUUUUACAUUCUACUAUGUAUAACUGAUUUUGCAUAUCUGCGUUAGCAUCACAGCGUUCCGUGUGUGCAUAAAAUAUCUGCUUUCAGUCUUUAACAGUCACGUAGUCAUAUAAUUGCAGUCACGUGAGCUGGAAAACCGUGCCCUUUUGUAAUCUUUGAGGGCAUGUUUUAUGAUUGUGGUUUCUGUUUUGGGAAUGUAUUUUAACACUGUUACAAUCGGUGCUUUGUCGCAGCUGACACGUAGUGAACAUGUGUUGUCUUGUCUACUGUGGCUUGCAUAUUUCAAGACAGUAUCAGUAACUAGAGACAACUCAGUUAUUUGCUUCCUUUCUUGUCUGAGAAGCUUUGGUAUUUUCAUCACUAUAUUGUUAACUUGUCUCCUAGGGUUCAAAAUUCAGACAGAGUGCUCUAAAGAGAAACUAGUUAGUUCUCAUAUGGCAGUGGUGUGAUAUAUGAUAAAGUGAAUUUAAUUUCAUUAGGUCCAGGUAGAGUAAGUUAGUCCAGGCUGGAAUGGAGUAAAUACAUUGUUUCAUCAUCUUCCUGUUAAAAUAAAAGCAUUGGAACAACUAUUUGUAUAGGGCAAAAUACAUUUUUGUUUUUGUUGUUUUACAGGGAAACUGUGGUUCGUUUCUCAUAGCUUGCUGAGCAUAGUUCUGGACCUCUGUCAAGCACUGUGGUUUUCUGUAACCACUUAGUGCCUCUAAACAUCAUCGUAGGAUCAACUUUACAUCCUGUAUCUGUCUCAUAGGGUUUGUUUGUUUAAUUAUUAUACCUUUUUUUCUUUCAAAUACUGAAAAAUAGACCAUUAAAAUAGGCUUCCUAAAACCUGCAUUACAUUCUCUGCUAGAUUAAAGAAAAGCUAUUGCUUGUUUUUGCUACUUGAUUUAUUUUUUUUUUUUUUUAAGUUUCCUGACAGGUGAAAGCUCUUCUUACCUAAGCUUUCAGAGAAAAGAAUAUUAAGGAGCAGAAUAACCAUUUUCAAUUAAAUCCAUAAAGCCCUGUCCUGAUUUUUUUUUUCCUCUAUUCCUAAAUACCAUGAGCUCAUUCUCUACAGGGAAAUGUGAAUUCUGCUUGACAGAAUGAUAUCACUGCAUUACCUCAGCUGAGAUGAGGCAAUUCUUAGUAGUCUGUCAGAAUCAGCAUCAUCCUCCAGAGAGCGUUGCUGUUCCCCUGACUGGAGCUUGAGAGCAGAAAACACGCGUUUUGUGCCUAGCAACAAAUCAGGCAUCUCUUGGUGGAUGCCUUUUGUUCUUUGAAGAAGUGCAGGCGGCUUGGUGUGUUAAGGUGCUCAGAAAUCCGUGGAUGUUAAAGUUGAUAACUGAGAACCACAAUGGCAGACAUAAAAGAUGGACUACACCUGGGGGAAGAUCUGGCAGAUGCAAAAUCUUUCCCUGGUUCCAAAGGAAUGAACCUACCUGCUAGCAAGUCUAUGGACUCCGGAAUUCUGCCAGACUACAGCUACAGAAUGGAUUAUCCAGAGAUAGGAGAAUGUAUUAUAAUAAACAAUAAGAACUUCCACAAAGAUACCGGACUGGCAUCUCGUUCAGGUACGGAUGUAGAUGCUGCAAGUGUCAGAGAAGUUUUUAUGAAGCUGGGAUAUAAAACCAAGCUUAGCAAUGAUCUUUCAUGCAGGGACAUUAUUAAAGUUUUGAAAAACGUUUCUGAAGAAGAUCACAGUAAGCGAAGCAGUUUUGUUUGUGUGUUGCUAAGCCAUGGUGAAGAAGGACUCAUCUAUGGUACAGAUGGCCCCCUCGAACUGAAAGUACUAACGAGCCUUUUCAGAGGUGACAAGUGCAGAAGUUUAGCAGGAAAACCCAAACUCUUCUUCAUUCAGGCUUGUAGAGGGACUGAAUUAGAUUCUGGUAUUGAGGCAGACAGUGGACCAGAUGAAAUGACGUGUCAGAAAAUACCUGUAGAAGCAGACUUCCUAUAUGCAUAUUCUACUGCUCCAGGCUAUUACUCCUGGAGGAAUGCAGCUGAAGGCUCCUGGUUUAUUCAGUCUCUGUGUAGGGUGCUGAGGGAACAUGCAAGGAAACUUGAACUCAUGCAGAUUUUAACACGUGUAAAUCACAGAGUGGCAGAAUACGAAUCCUACUCCAAUCGGCCGGAUUUUAAUGCCAAGAAACAGAUUCCAUGCAUUGUCUCUAUGCUCACCAAAGAAUUUUAUUUCCGUUGCUAGAAGAAUUGCACCUUGCAAUUUCUCAGUUCACGUUUUUAUCUGUAAUUUAUACACUGUUUUAAUAUGGAAUACCACUUUUAAAUCUGAAUUACUGUUCACUACUGUGUGUGGCAUAAUGAACUAUCUUAAAGUUAGAUAUGUCCAAUAUUAGAAGUAAACCUUAGUAUGGGUAUGUUAGAAAUGCAAAACUGAGUAGCUGAAGCACAGGCAAAUUUGAAAAUAGUGAUCUGAUAAUCUGGAAUAAUCAGGAAGAAGAGACAGAAAAAAGGUCAAAUCACUUAAUGAGACCUACUUGGUGCUACAUUUCCCUUUGCAGAAGGAGCAGAGAAAAGAAACAGUUCUUGUAAAUAUAGUUUGGUUCCGUAUCUUUGCCAAUAAGAAGAUUCUGAAUGUGGUAUGUUUGCUAAUCACGGUAAUAUGAUAAGUGUCAUCACACAUUUCUUUUUUAAAAACUCUUAUUUUUUGAAGUUUAGGUUAUAAACUAGCCUGAACGUAUUUUAUAACUUAAGAAACAAACUGUGGAAAAUGGUCAUUUCAUUUUUUACAUACAAUUAGGAAGCAUAUGUAGAAUAAAUUCAACUUUGUCCUGAUUAUUUUAUAACGCUUUGUAUGGAGUAUCAGGUAAAGUAACUUUAUCAACACGGUAUCCGUUUCAAAAUAAAUUUUGUAUUUCUGGCCUUGAAGCUGAGUGACUAAGGAACCAGUCUUCCAAAAUGCUAUUUUAUUUUUAUUUUUUUUUUUCAGCUCCCUAGGAAAGGAUGCCUAAUACAAUUUGGUCAUAUUUGAGGCCACAAGAUUCAGUGCAAAAGGAAGUCUGCAUUCUGAGUAGUCUGAUUUCCUCUUUCUGGCCAUAAAUUAGCGUAGGUCUGCUUUCUGCUGUGCACAUACCACGUAUAAUCUUUAUAAAACCUAGAUAUAUGGUACUGGAGAAAUUUCCUGUGUUUAUUAUCAAUUGGGUUAAUUAUUCAUGUCUUUUAUAAGACUUUAGCUGAAGUAUGUUAACAAAUAGUAAAUUUAAAUCUCUUGAUUUUGACUGAAUUUUGUGGAAUAGGCUUUUAGUAAAUUGUAAAAAAAAACAAAAAAAACCACGGUUUUGGUGAUGUUUCAGCUUGUGGCAGUUUUAUGAUGAACAAAGGAAGACAAUGGCAAAUGACUAUAGGGUGCUUACAAAACAAGACUUAAAACUUUUUAAAUUGUGCAGCAUAAACAAUGUUAGCAAAUUGAUGUUUGCUUCCAGAGGCAUUUGGAUUUUUUUAACUUAAAUUAAAUAUUGUUACCUCAAUUGUAUAAUGUUUUUCUAUAUGUAUUAUUUGUUUAGAAUCUGAUAGUUUUUGCAAAUUAAUUUUAACGUGAAUUACAUCAAUUUUUUC